UCCCGAGAGCUACGCGGCGGCUGAGCGGAGGCCUCGUGCCGUAACGGCCAUCGCGGCGACCGCGGCGGCGUACCGGUACCCUCCUCAGGGCUGCAUACAAGAGCCUGCCAAGUGAGAUCCCAGUUCCUGGGCAGAAAGCAAAUGAAUCACAUGCUGAAGCUGCUGAAAGAUGGCAGAAGAAGUGGUGGUAGUAGCCAAAUUUGAUUAUGUGGCCCAACAAGAACAAGAACUGGACAUCAAGAAGAAUGAGAGAUUAUGGCUUCUGGAUGAUUCUAAGUCUUGGUGGCGAGUUCGAAAUUCCCUGAAUAAAACAGGUUUUGUGCCUUCUAAUUAUGUGGAAAGGAAAAACAGUGCUCGAAAAGCAUCUAUUGUAAAAAACCUAAAGGAUACUUUAGGCAUUGGGAAAGUGAAAAGAAAACCUAGUGUGCCAGAUUCUGCAUCUCCUGCUGAUGAUAGCUUUGUUGACCCAGGAGAACGUCUCUAUGACCUCAACAUGCCUGCAUAUGUGAAAUUUAACUACAUGGCAGAGAGAGAGGACGAAUUAUCAUUGAUAAAAGGGACGAAGGUGAUCGUCAUGGAGAAAUGCAGUGAUGGGUGGUGGCGAGGUAGCUACAAUGGACAAGUUGGAUGGUUCCCUUCAAACUAUGUAACUGAGGAAGGUGACAGCCCUUUGGGUGACCAUGUGGGUUCUCUGUCAGAGAAAUUAGCUGCAGUCGUCAAUAACCUAAAUACUGGGCAAGUGUUGCAUGUGGUGCAGGCUCUUUACCCAUUCAGCUCGUCCAAUGAUGAAGAACUUAAUUUUGAGAAAGGAGAUGUAAUGGAUGUUAUUGAAAAACCUGAAAAUGACCCUGAAUGGUGGAAAUGCAGGAAGAUCAAUGGAAUGGUCGGUCUGGUGCCAAAAAACUAUGUUACCAUCAUGCAGAAUAAUCCCUUAACCUCAGGUUUGGAACCCUCACCUCCACAGUGUGAUUACAUUAGGCCUUCACUCACUGGAAAGUUUGCUGGCAAUCCUUGGUAUUAUGGGAAAGUCACCAGGCAUCAAGCAGAAAUGGCAUUAAAUGAAAGAGGGCACGAAGGUGAUUUCCUCAUUCGUGAUAGUGAGUCUUCGCCAAAUGAUUUCUCAGUAUCACUAAAAGCACAAGGGAAAAACAAGCAUUUUAAAGUCCAACUAAAAGAGACUGUCUACUGCAUUGGGCAGCGUAAAUUCAGCACCAUGGAAGAACUUGUAGAACAUUACAAAAAGGCACCAAUUUUUACAAGUGAACAAGGAGAAAAAUUAUAUCUUAUCAAGCAUUUAUCAUGAUACUGCUGACCAGAAAUGACUGCUGCACAGCUCUAAUUCAUCAUGUAAUCGAGGACUGAGAAAAUGUCAGUCCAGUCAUGCUAGAUUGGAUAUUGCUGUUCCUAACUCUAUAUGAGAAUUGACUAUAAUACAUAAGUAUUUUUAUUAUAACUCAUUCCAUACCUAUAUACUACAUAUGCAAAACAUCUGCAUAGAGCAAUUCCUUAUCCUUAGUCUUCUGUUUUAUUGUUUCCUUUGCUGUUUUUCUCUUUGCUUCUAAUAUUAAGGUUUAUAUUUUGAAAGAAAAAUCUUUAUAUGGAAGAAUUUCUUCAUUGCCUUUCCUUUAUUUCCUUGUAAGGGCACCAUAUUAGUCACUGCCUCAAUGGUUUCUCUUCAUAUAAAAUUAUUAUAUCAAUAUAUGGCAUAUGCUAAAAUAAAUUUCUUGGAGAGUGUUAAUCUUUUCUGUGACUAAAUAGCAAUAAUAAAUGGAAAAUUAGAAAUUAUAUUGUAUCUGCCACAAGCCAUUGUAAAUAUCAAGUGUCUUGUGUCUGCCAUUAUUUUAAAAAAUUCAUUCAUUGUCUUCACUGUAAAGCAAAACAAAUGGGAUGUAGAUUAGAAAAUAUAUCAUACAAUUUUAAUUUACAACUGUUGGAAACAAAAAUCUCCAAAUUUCUAAGAAUUUUUGGUGCUUCUCUCUCAUCUGUUUAUUCAAGAGGACAAAGCAGUCUGGGAUAUUUAGCUUUUCAAUGGAUGCUGUAGAAUUAUUUUUUUUUCUAGUGUUAUUUUACCAAAGCAUUAUAUAUUAGGAUAUUUUAUCUGUGCCAAUGUGAAAAAAGCUAUGGCCAAAUUUUGGGGAAAUUGGAGGCCAAGUGAUUUCCCCUUUACCCCAUCCCUAAAUAUCAGUAAUUACUGGGCAUAGUAUUUCUACUAUUUUCAUUUCCUCCUUUCAGCUUUGAGUUUUAUUGACUGGGACACUAAAAUUUGUGUAUACCUAAGGAAAAGGUGAGAUGUGUUCAUGGUUACAGAAAGUAUUUUUUAAAUCAUAUAUUUUUGUAGGUGCUUCUAUUAUGUUUUUGUUUACCAAGCAGAAGUUUGGGUAUAUGGACGAGAGGCUGCUAUAGAAUAUCGAAUCUACUUCUGUAGGUCACAGAAGAAAACCAGUUGUAUUUUUAUGGUCAUAGCUUUUCCUCCCAUUAUAAAUUCUGGAGGUACAAAUUUAAGCAAAGUAACCUUUUGUAUUUUAAUUGAAAAUAUUUACUAAAACUUAGUAAACAGUAAGAAGUCAUAAAUAUCUUCUAAAAUUUCCACAAUGCAGCCUAGGCAAUUGAAUGUUUCUAUCCUUAAUGUUAUAAACAGACAUUAAAUACACCAGAAUUUCUGAUGUUAAAAUUGAAGUCAUUUAAUUCAUGAGGUUUUAUUUUAAAUAUAUAUUCUUUAUUCUUUAAAUCUUAAAAUCAUUUUAAAAGACAUUGCCACUGGGUGGCAGCCCUGGCUUCUUGCACUAAGCUAUAGGAGUCAGCAAAUACAAUUAAGACAUUGAUGUACAAUUUUUCAUCUUUAUAAUAUCUGCUUUUAAAGCCUUUAAGUUUAUAUUCCAUUAUCCUUCUCAGUUCAAUUCUCCUUUGUUUAUUAAGAUGAUUGUUAGUAGAUAAGUUUAAUGGAAAUGAAAGUCUUGUAUACUUAUCUUUUUUGCUGUAAAAUCAUUUGAAUAUAAAUUGAAAAAAGUUUUAAAGUGGUUGUAAAAUGACUAGGUAGUAAACAUCUUUUUAUUUAAGUUUAAA